AUGACGGCGCGGCCGGACGCAGCACAGGCGCAGCUCGCGACGCUGCUGCGCUACCCUUUGCGUGCGGAAGCGCCGAUCCAGAAUGUCGAGCAUGCGAAAUCAUUUCUCGAGAACGAGUGCCGCGUGCUGGUGAUCGGCGCAGGUGGCCUGGGAUGCGAGAUCCUGGCGAACCUCGCCUUGUCGGGCUUCCGCCACAUUGACGUGAUUGAUAUGGACACGAUCGAUGUGUCAAACCUCAAUCGCCAGUUCCUGUUCCGCGAAUCGGACAUUGGCGCGCCGAAAGCGACCACCGCCGCGGCGUUUGUCGAGCGCCGCGUGCCGGGCGUGCGCAUCACGCCGUACGUCGGGCGCAUCCAGGACAAGGACGAGGCGUACUACAUGCAGUUCCACCUGAUUAUCUGCGGCCUGGACUCGGUCGAGGCACGCCGCUGGAUCAAUGCGAUGCUCGUCAACAUGGUCGACGAAUCGCAUCCCGAGUCGCUCAAGCCGCUCAUUGACGGCGGCACGGAGGGGCUGAAAGGCCAGGCGCGUGUAAUCCUGCCGACGAUCACGAGCUGCUACGAAUGCAGCCUCGACAUGCUGCCGAAACGCACCACGUUCCCGAUCUGCACCAUCGCCAACACGCCCCGCCUGCCGGAGCACUGCAUCGAGUGGGCGAGCGUCUUGGAGUGGCCGCGCGUGCACCCCGGAAAAAAGCUCGAUACGGACAACCCCGACGACAUCCAGUGGGUGCUCGACACGGCGCUCACACGCGCCGCGUCCUUCCAUAUCGACGGCAUCACCUGGUCGCUUACGCAAGGCGUGAUCAAAAACAUCAUUCCUGCCAUUGCCAGUACGAAUGCGGUGAUUGCAGCGGCAUGCACGCAAGAGGCGUUCAAGAUCGCAACCUCAUCGGCGCCGUACCUCAACAAUUAUAUGAUGUACGCCGGCAACGAGGGCGCGUAUACCUAUACAUUCGACUACGAGAAGCGCGACGACUGCCCGGUGUGCGGUGGCGAGAGCCGCACGCUCACCGUCCAGCGCACCGCACCCCUCGCACAGGUCCUCGAGAUGCUCCAGGAGCUGCCCGACAUUCAGUGCAAGCGCCCGUCGAUCGCAUCCAGCAGCGGGCCCCUCUACUUCCGAACGCCGGCCGCACUCGAGCAGGCGACCAGUGUGAAUCUCGUGCGCAGCCUGCCCGAACUCGGCGUGGAGGACGGCGAGGUGCUCACCGUGACGGAUCCCCACCUGCCAUUUGUCCUGAGCGUAGGAAUUUCGUAUGCAUAG